CAAAGUCGUCGCCCGUUUUCGAGUCGUCCCAGCCAGCUAUCUGAUUUUCACGUAUUAAAUAUUCUUAUCCAAAAAACCAGAAUUUCCAGAGGGGGUCCAUACUCUCUUCUUGUUUUUACUUUUUAGAGAAGAACACCGCAAUUUUAACAAACCGGAUCGAAACCUCAGCAUAAACAAAAGAAGAAAAGCUUACGUGAAAGCAAAGAUAAGAUCAAAGAUUUUCCAAUAAUAGCAUUUUACAUUCUUCAAAGCAACAAUCUUUCUCGGUCUUUCUCCAUUUGUAAUAUAUAUAUAUGCAAGUAUAUAAACUUCACAGACUGGCAAAACUUUGAACCAGUCAUCACUCGUCACCAGCUUCACUGUGAGCACACCCUCCUAACAAACUGCUCUUUAUCUGCAUCAUGCAUUAAGCCAUAAAGUUCUUCUUUCCCACAAUCUUUCCAUCUUUGUAGGUCGUCUCCAGCAGUUAAAUAGCAUACGGCUUCUCUGAGUGUGGUGGGAAAGCAAUGAAUUCAGCUCCAUCCCUUUUGGGCAUCCUUAGUUUCUUUCUUUUGGGGAUUCUUACCUUGAACCAAUGUUCUGGAACCACAGUCAAUACACAGUUAGCAUUUCUCCAUGUGGAUGCCUCAGAAGCAUCAGCAAAGAAAAUACCAAACACUUUGUUCGGUUUAUUCUUUGAGGAAAUUAAUCAUGCUGGUGCUGGUGGGUUGUGGGCGGAGCUUGUGAGCAACAGAGGUUUUGAAGCGGGGGGUCAGAAUACACCCUCCAACAUUGAUCCUUGGUCAAUUAUUGGGGAUGAGUCCUCAUUGACGGUCUCCACAGAGCGUUCUUCUUGCUUCGAGCGGAAUAAAAUUGCACUUCGGCUAGAUAUUCAUUGCGGCAAUAAGGGUGCUAAUACCUGUCCAUACGGGGGAGUUGGUGUCUCCAAUCCCGGAUUCUGGGGCAUGAACAUAGAGGAAGGGAAGAGUUAUAAACUUGUGUUUCAUGUCCGUUCACUUGAAAGCCUUAAUGUUUCAGCAUCACUGACUUCAUCAGAUGGACUAAGGAAGUUGGCUAGUGCCGAGAUAAUUUCUGGUGAUGUUUCAAAUUGGACAAAGAUAGAGGUGGUUCUGGUAGCAAAGGGAACGGAUCACAAUUCUAGACUAGAACUGACUACAACAAAGAGUGGUGUUAUAUGGUUUGAUCAAGUAUCAUUGAUGCCUCUCGAUACAUACAAGGGACAUGGUUUCCGAAAUGAUCUGUUUGGAAUGAUUAAAUAUUUGAAACCGGGAUUCCUCAGAUUUCCAGGUGGAUGUUUUGUUGAAGGUGAGUGGUUAAGGAAUGCAUUCAGGUGGAAAGAAACGAUUGGACCAUGGGAAGAGAGGUCGGGGCAUUUUGGUGAUGUUUGGCAUUACUGGACCGAUGAUGGGUUAGGCCACCUUGAAUUCCUUCAGCUGGCAGAAGACUUGGGUGCACUGCCAGUAUGGGUCUUCAACAAUGGAAUCAGCCAUAAUGAUCAGGUUGACACGUCAAGCAUCCUACCAUUCGUGCAGGAGAUAUUAGAUGGUAUAGAGUUUGCCAGAGGCGGUCCCACCUCGACGUGGGGUUCCGUUAGAGCUGCACUGGGUCACCCUGAGCCCUUUGAUUUGAGAUAUGUUGCAAUAGGAAAUGAAGACUGUUGGAAGUCAAAAUACCGUGGAAACUACCUCAAGUUUUACUCUGCAAUCAAACAAGCCUAUCCAGAUAUUAAUAUAAUAUCGAACUGUGAUGCCUCUUCUCAACCAUUGAAUCAUCCAGCUGAUUUAUAUGAUUAUCAUAUUUAUAGCUCUGCAAGUGAUGUCUUCUCUUUGGCCAACAAAUUCAAUCAUGUGUCACGGAGUGGUCCAAAGGCUUUUGUAAGUGAGUAUGCUGUGACUGCCAAGCAAGAUUGUGGUAAAGGCAGCCUUUUAGCUGCACUAGCUGAAGCUGGGUUUCUUAUUGGAGUUGAAAGAAAUGGUGAUGCGGUUGAAAUGGCAAGUUAUGCACCUCUGUUUGUCAAUGAAAAUGACAGGACGUGGAGCCCGGAUGCGAUCGUUUUCACUUCUUCACAAGCAUAUGGAACACCAAGUUACUGGAUGCAGCAAUUCUUCAGGGAGUCGAAUGGGGCAACUCUAUUGAACUCUACCCUCACUUCUAACAUUUCAAGCUCUCUGCUUGCUUCUGCUAUCACUUGGCAAAACCCUGAUGAUAAUCAUGAGUAUUUGAGGAUUAAGGCGGUCAACUUCGGGGCCAGCAAUGUGACUCUUAAAAUCACUGUAGAUGGACUUGAGCAGAACUCCAAACAGUUAUUGGGAUCAACAAAAACUUUGUUAACCUCUAGUAAUGUACUGGAUGAGAAUUCCUUCACUGAGCCUACAAAGGUCACACCUACAAAAAGCUUGCUGCAAAUGACAGGUGAGAAGCUGGAUGUCGUGCUCCUUCCACAUUCCCUCACUUCGUUCGACUUCUUACUAAAGCCGAAUGGAAUCAGGACUCUGGAAUCUGAUUCUGACCAUAAAUCUUCAUACUGAGAAGGGCUACGCUGUAUAUAUAUCUGAGUCUCUGACCAAAAAAGAACAGAAUAAAACAAUGUAUAAAUAUCUAUAUGUAAUGUGCAGAGCUCUGCACAAACUACUUAUGGUGAUCCUUGUUUCUACUUUCUUUCUGUGAAAAAAAUGGCUUGGUCUAAAAAAUCAUGGUAGGUUGCUAUCUGCACAAGUAGGAAAUCAAACAAACAAACAUUUAUAAAAACCUGCUCAUUUA